GGUAUCGCUUAUUACGAUAUGGUUAUUAAAGACAAGAUGAAAGCAGCAGGGCUCAGUUCUGGCUCUAGCAUGGACAGCCAGAAGAGGAAUGAGCUGCAGAAGAAAGUCAAUGUGGACCCAAAUAUUUAUUGUCACCUGGGGCAUCUACACCUGCUGCUUGAAGACUUCGCUAAAGCCAUGUCCGCCUACCAGAAGUUCCAUCAGAUCCAGCCAGAUUACUGGAAGGUGA